AUGCUUGCCCUCGCAUGGAUUCCCAUGUGGAUCCAUGCAUUAACAGGGUGCUUCCAUGUAUUGAACCACAUGACAGAACAAACGAUUGCAGAAGUUUUCUUGAAACUAGACCACAUUUGCACUCAUUGUGAUCAGGGAGUACAAGUGGAUCACGAUAGUACUGGUCGUUGGCCGUUACAAAGCGUUAACUCAAAUCCAAUUUCUACCACAAUGGUUACAGCAACAGCAUUAGCUCUACCAUCUGAUUCAUCUCUUGGUCGAAAAGUAUCAAAUGCUUCGACGACUUCUUCAGGUGCUUACUCUGAAUUAUCUCGUUCAUGUGGAGAAGACUCAACAGACUCUGCUCUUUAUUCACAUUUUAUUAUUAAAUGUAAUUUAAAUUCAUCACAAACCACCACAAUUCCAAAAGUACCCCAGGCAAACACAUCAUUUUCACCUCGAGUUAAAAUAACAUCACAUCAAUCACCUCUUCUUCAACAGCCACCAUCAACAAUUGAUAUACGAACGUCAAGAUUUGAUCAAACAUCUACAUCUACAUUGUUCACUCACAAGCAAAAAGACACAUUGUCUGUAAAAGAAUAUAAUCGAUUAAAAGCAUCACCGAAUUUAACAGUGACAUCAUACGACUUUUCAUCAUCUGCUAGUGCACCGGAAUUUUCACUCGAAGCCGAUGAUGAUAAAAGUAGUAAUGAAAAUGAAGAAGAAGAAGUAGAAGAGGAUAAUUUUGAACAAGAUCGAAAUAUCACGGAUAAUACUACAGUCGAUUAUAACACUAAAAUUCCAGCAAGCGCAAGACAGUCAUCGCAAUCAAAUCCAUCGCCUCAAGUACGAAAAAAAUUAUUUGACGAUGCAAGUAAACGACAAAUACCAAGAAGUAAAAGUGAAGUGAACACAAUACCACCAUUAUUGACCAAUCAACAAAAACUGCCUAGAACAAUGAUAAUUAUCGAUAAUUGGAAUAAUUGUCUAUGA